AUGAGUAAUGCAUCACACUAUGAUGUUAUGAUGGCUGUGAUAUCACUUAGGGUUUUCUCAAAUAAUGAUGAAGGCCUUAUUAACAAAAAGUUACCAAAAGAACUUCUUUUAAGAAUAUUUUCCUUCUUGGAUAUAGUAACUUUGUGCCGAUGUGCACAGAUUUCCAAGGCUUGGAACAUCUUAGCCUUGGAUGGAAGCAACUGGCAAAGAAUAGACCUUUUUAACUUUCAAACAGAUGUAGAGGGUCGAGUGGUGGAAAACAUCUCCAAGCGCUGCGGCGGGUUCCUGCGGAAGCUCAGCUUGCGAGGCUGCAUUGGUGUUGGGGAUUCCUCCCUGAAGACCUUUGCCCAGAACUGCCGAAACAUCGAACACUUAAACCUCAAUGGGUGCACAAAAAUCACUGACAGCACGUGUUACAGUCUUAGCAGAUUCUGCGCCAAGCUGAAACAUCUGGAUCUGACCUCCUGCGUGUCCAUCACCAACAGCUCCUUAAAGGGGAUCAGCGAGGGCUGCCGCAACCUGGAGUACCUGAACCUCUCGUGGUGUGAUCAGAUCACGAAGGAUGGCAUCGAGGCCCUGGUGCGCGGCUGCCGAGGCCUGAAGGCCCUGCUCCUGCGGGGCUGCACGCAGUUAGAAGACGAAGCUCUAAAACACAUUCAGAACUACUGCCAUGAGCUUGUGAGCCUCAACCUCCAGUCCUGCCCACGCAUUACGGACGAAGGCGUGGUGCAGAUCUGCAGGGGCUGCCCCCGGCUGCAGGCCCUCUGCCUGUCUGGCUGCAGCAACCUCACGGACACCUCUCUCACAGCCCUGGCGUUGAACUGCCCGAGACUUCAGAUUUUGGAGGCUGCCCGGUGUUCCCAUUUGACCGAUGCAGGCUUUACACUCUUAGCUCGGAAUUGCCAUGACCUCGAGAAGAUGGAUCUGGAAGAAUGUGUCCUGAUAACCGACAGCACGCUCAUCCAGCUCUCCAUUCACUGUCCUAACCUGCAAGCCCUGAGCCUGUCCCACUGUGAGCUCAUCACAGAUGAUGGAAUCCUGCACCUGAGCAAUAGCACCUGUGGCCAUGAGAGGCUGCAAGUACUGGAAUUGGACAACUGCCUCCUCAUCACCGACGUGGCCCUGGAGCACCUGGAACACUGCCGUGGCCUGGAGCGCCUGGAGCUGUAUGACUGCCAGCAGGUUACCCGCGCGGGCAUCAAGCGGAUGCGGGCUCAGCUCCCUCAUGUCAAAGUCCAUGCCUACUUUGCACCCGUCACACCACCGACAGCAGUGGGAGGAAGUGGCCAUCGGCUGUGCAGGUGUUGUGUCAUUCUCUGACAGCAGCUGCAGGGCCCAACUCCAGAGAAGACCCAAGUCUUCCCUACUUCUACACGGUCACCGAAAUCUGUUGAGUCUCCAUUGGGAAAGGUAUUUACAGGUAAAAGACUUCUGUAGGGAUUGCAGUAACUGGCGAUAGUUUUGACUUUAGUCUGCUGCGAUACAAUCAAAUCAAAGCCUUGUCAGUAAACACAGCAAGAGUGGCUUCAGUGCAGCCAGGAUCCUGCAAGAAACCUGGUUUCUUAACAAGGUGGGUUUACCUUCUUGGGGACAAGCGUUCUGUCCUCAGCUUUGUCAGCAUUCCUCAGACCAUCAGUGUUAGCACAAAUGGAGCAGAGAAACCAAGCUGUUGAUUUUCUACCUGAUACUUAAGAUAGUGGCCUACUUUAAUUCACAACAAUUCCAUUUUGAUUAGCAGGGCUUUUCCACUUUGACGCACCUUUAUCAAAGUGACUGUACUGCAAAUUCGUAAUACCUAAUAGUUUUGUAUGUGGAAGGCAUGUUAAGUUUCUAUGAGACACCAAAGAAAUGAGGACUCUUCACUGGGUGAAGCAGGGUCUUCACCUAUUUCUGUCAACUUGGGGGACCAAACAAAACAGUCAACCCUGAGUUCAAGUUGCCCGAUUGGAAAUUAGAAGCUCUGGUGUACGCUAUAGCACACAGUUUUAUUAUAGGAGAAAAGCUAAUGUCGUAUCUCACAAAACUUGGGGGACCUUAAAGCAAUAGAAUUGAAUAAGGCUUACGAAGUAAUGAAUUAAAAAUAAUGAAUGGAUGCAUGUAGAAUGGGUGUAAUUUUUUCCAAGUUUAUUUUAAAAUCUUAGAAAUCAAGUUACACCAGAACUAGUCAGAAGUUUUAUACAUUUAAAACUCAGAUCAGUCAAGUGUUGGCACCUUUUAGACUCAAAAUAUAAAAAUGAAUAAACCAUUGCAAUGCUUAAGUCAGAGGGUUUUAUUGCUAUAAUCUAUGGCAGGU